CUACAAGGACUCUCUACUUGCCAAGAUAUUAGAAAUGGAACUAGGGGAACAACAGUCAAUAUAUUUCCCGGUCAAAGACUCAAUGUUCCUCUUAGAUGUGCUUGCCUACGAGGAACCAAACUGGCCAAGGGAUCAAUUUUAUCUUGAGUUAUUCAGUCACUUGGGGGGAUAUGGUUUCAAUGGCGAGUUCGAGAUUUGAUAGUGAUACUGGCUGGACUCUUCAGGCCAAUGGACUUACUGAGCAGAGUGCCACAAUCUUCCCAUUCACUACUCUUCUGAUCCAAAUGCAAAACCCGCCUUCCAGUAUCGAAACUGUGUCUCCACCGCCACCUCCAGCUUCCCCUCCUCCCCCACCGGUUGAGCCAUCUACACCUGGAUCCAGCUCCAGCAAGACGUGGGUCCAUGUCGUGGCUGGUGUUGUUGGAGGGAUCGUUGCUACUUUGACUGUUGUUGGGACUGUGGUUUAUUGUCUGUGGUUUCGAAGGAGGAAGGCGAAGUUGGAGCCAGCCGGUACUACUUCCGAGAGCUUCGAGGCUGUGGAGAAGAAGUCUAUGAAAAAUAAGGGAGAGGAAGAAGAGCCUGAAGGUUUCUUCUUGGAGAAGUUAUCUAUUAUUGCCCACUCCAUUCAAGUUUACACAUUUGAGGAGGUGAUGGUUGUCACUGAUAAUUUCAGCCCCAAAUGUUUGAUCAAAGGGUCUGUUUAUCGAGGCAAGAUUAAUGGUGAUCUUGCUGCUAUCAAGAAAAUGGAUGGGGAUGUGACGAAGGAGAUGAUCAUCCAGCAACGGUGGAAAGACAUUGACUUGGACUCAAAGAAUCCAGAUUUCUGUGGAUGUAGCUUUGGGACUCGACUAUUUACACAGUUUCACAAGUCCUCCACAGGUUCUCAGGAUAUAAAAGCCGGGAUGUGCUUCUCGUUGGUGAUUUUAGGGGCAGGAUAGCAAACUUGGCACAUGCCAGAUCAGCCGAAGGCCAGGAUGGGGACUUCAACAUUACAAAGCACAUUUUCGGGACAAUAGGUUACAUGGCUCCCGAGUAUUUGGAGAAUGGUCUGGUUUCUACAAAGAUUGAUGUUUUUGCAUUUGGAGUUCUUCUUCUGGAGAUGAUACUGGGAAAGAAGUUGCUUCCUUGUAUAAGGAGGAAAUUGAUGGUUUGUCUGGUGUUGUGAAUGAAGUUCUUCUUUCUCAAGAUGAAGGAGGGGAGCGUCCAGCUAUCUGCGAGCUCGUGCAAUCUCUUUCAAGAAUCUUGACGGCUUCACGUUCAUGGGAGUUGUCGAACAACAUCUCAGAGUACUCGAAAUGCAGAGUUCUUUUAACCUUAGAAAUAUUUAUACAGAAAAUUUUCGUCCUUUAUAAAUAUGUGGUUUAAUA